GCCGCUCCAGUGGUGGCUCCGCAUCUCCAAAGCGGGCCUCCCGACUCAUCGCUGGGUCAGUCCGGCGCUGGGUCGUGGAGCUCCGCACAACUCCCGCUGGUCCCUGACCUGGAUCCAUCUUCCCCAGAGUUGCAAAUAACUUCUCCUACUUCCCGGCGCCGCGGCGGCUGCGGACCGUGGCCGCCGCAGGUAGCUGAAGCCGGGGCCAAACUCCCAGUACCGCGGCGCGCGCGCGGAGUUCGUCACCUCCCUGGGUGCGCGCUGGGGGUCCCCGAGCUCGGCUCUGCGGGCGAGAUGCCCCUGGGACACAUCAUGAGGCUGGAUCUGGAGAAAAUCGCCCUAGAGUAUAUCGUGCCCUGUCUGCACGAGGUCGGCUUCUGCUACCUGGACAACUUCCUGGGCGAGGUGGUGGGCGACUGCGUCCUGGAGCGCGUCAAGCAGCUGCACUGCAACGGGGCCCUGCGGGACGGCCAGCUGGCGGGGCCGCGCGCCGGAGUCUCCAAGCGGCACCUGCGGGGCGACCAGAUCACGUGGAUCGGGGGCUACGAGGAAGGCUGCGAGGCCAUCAGCUUUCUCCUCUCCCUCAUCGACAGGCUGGUCCUGUACUGCGGGAGUCGGCUGGGCAAAUACUCCGUCAAGGAGAGGUCCAAGGCAAUGGUGGCUUGCUACCCAGGAAAUGGGACGGGUUAUGUUCGACAUGUAGACAACCCCAACGGUGACGGCCGCUGUAUCACCUGUAUCUACUAUCUGAACAAGAACUGGGAUGCCAAGCUACAUGGUGGAGUCCUGCGGAUAUUUCCAGAAGGGAAAUCAUUCAUAGCAGACGUAGAACCCAUUUUUGACAGACUCUUGUUCUUCUGGUCAGAUCGCAGGAACCCACAUGAAGUGCAGCCGUCCUAUGCCACCAGAUAUGCUAUGACUGUUUGGUACUUUGAUGCUGAAGAAAGGGCAGAAGCCAAAAAGAAAUUCAGGAAUUUAACUAGAAAAACUGAAUCUACUCUCACCGAAGAUUGACUGUGCUCGGAAAUCUGCAGGCUUUGUUCAUUUUAGUUACAGCUCCUGAAUUUGUUUUUUAAGAGUUGAGUUCCAAAGAUGUCUUCUUCUGUGACUCAGACUCCCUUUUACUGCUCGUGUCAUUCACAUCCCUGUCUUGUCUAUGGUACUUUGUGUUUUCUUGCCAAGACUGCAUCUGUCUUCAGACACUCUCUUUGCCAGAUGGAUUCAUUGGCUAACACCAAAAACAUCUGCAGAUGAGCUAGCUGUCCGGUGGUUUAACUGGUAGACUUGGUAAUACUGGCUUAUCAAAAUGAGAGCCUGGAAGCAUGGGCAAGGGAAUGCAUCUUACUUGCACUUUAUGUACGCAUCCUCACUUGAAAGGGGGAGAUUUCAGAGAAAAAACAUGGUGACACAUGCUACAGAGAGGCAUCAUUGGAGCCUUUACAGCAGGAAACAAAUUUAUGUCAUCUGAACAACUUCCAGAUGUUUUUAAUCCAGUGCUAUUGGGGUUUCUGGAGAAUGAUCACAACUUAGUGACAUCAUUACUUCUAGAAAGGGCUGCUCCCAUAGUCAUCCAUUUGCAGUGUCCUGUGGGGUGGACACUCCUCUUACCUGGUGUGCAACCUGGACGCGCUGUCUCUGUCCCAUUUUGUCGAAAAUAGGACUUUCAGGUCAAAGACGACAUCACCAUUGAUUAUGCAUUUUUAUACUUGGAGAAUCCAAUUCCCCAUAGGUUAAAACAAGACAUUAUUUUGGAUUGCUCUGUUGAAACGGAAUUUGAAUUUAAGUCAAAGAGAAGAAAUAUCUACCUGGUAGGUUAGAGUCAACAACCUCUGAUGAUGGUGUUCAAAGACCUAGUCUACCAAAAUGUGCUAAACACAUGUAUCUUGUCCAGUGUGGAGGGGAGGUGGAGUUGGACACGUGGGCAUUCCCAUUCUUCAAUUUUCCUUUUUAUGAAUGUACCCUUUUUCUUUAAGAAAUUAACAAAAAGUUAGGGUGUUGCAUUUUAAAAAGGAAAUAGAAAUAAAGCAAAACAAAUCCUGAAAAGCUGCUUGAAUUCUCCCCUUUUCUGUCCCUGCAAUCUUUUUUCAGCAGACUUAACUCCAGAUCUGCUGUGAUUGGCAGUGUGUCCAAUCUAGAAUUUGCUAGAACUAUGGAAGUUUCUACUACUACUGCAGUAAGAAUAGACUCUGCUGCUUCAAGAACUCUGUACUGAGCUCCUAUUUCAUGAAAGUUACCCUUAGUUUUCAAGUCCACUUUCGUAAUCCCUUUAAUUUCUUUUUUAAAAAUCGCAUGAACAUGUUAAGAGCCAUAGACUUUCCAAAGAGAAAGCUUAUUAUUAUUAUUAUUUUUUAUUUUAUGGUUUUGGAAAAUUUCCAUAUAAGACUGGUUUUCAUUUUCACAACUAUUCUUUUUUUGGGGGGGGGUGCGGUUGGGUAGUACUUUUACUUUCUAACUUACUCUGUAAUUUACUUAUUUAUUAUGUUUAUUGUCUUGGAUACUUCGUCUAGAGUGUAAGCACAUAAAAACAGGGAUUUGUAUGUUUUUAAUCAAUGGAAUGUAUUCCCAACACCUAAAACAGUGCCUAGCACAUAGUUAAGGGCUCAGUAAAGACUUAUUGAAUAAACUUGCUCUCCUCUCUUA